CCCGCCGCGCCACGCAUGCUCGCUCGGGCCCUGACAUGGCGGCGCCCAGCGCGGCGCUGCGGCAGCGGCGGGGGGCGGCGGGCGAUGCCUCUUCCCGGGGCUCUUCCCAAAGGCCGGAGCGGGCUGUGGAGCAGCCGGUGGGCAACCGAGCCGGGCCGCCGCCCCCGGGCACCUUCUGGCUGACCCGCAUCGUGCUGUUGCGAUCCGUAGCGCUGCUUUACUUUGUGGCCUUCCUGGUGGCAUAUCAUCAAAACAAACAGCUGAUAGGAGAGAAGGGGCUGCUCCCCUGUAAACUGUACCUGCAGAAUGUCAAGAAGUAUUUCAAAGGGAAGAUCAACCUGGAUGCUCUCAGCUAUGCACCAACAAUCAUCUGGUUUCUGGACUGGUCAGACAUGGACAGCAUCUUGGACUACAUCUCCCUGUUUGGCCUGGCAACUUCAGCCUUUGUAUUGGUAACUGGGUGUGCAAACAUGGUCCUCAUGGCUCUUCUGUGGCUUCUCUACCUCUCCUUGGUCAACGUUGGACAGAUCUGGUAUUCCUUUGGAUGGGAAUCACAGCUGCUGGAAACAGGGUUCCUGGGGAUAUUCCUCUGCCCUCUCUGGACCCUCUCCCGCCUGCCCCGCCACACUCCUCCUUCCACCAUCGUCAUCUGGGGCUUCCGGUGGCUGAUCUUCAGGAUCAUGCUGGGAGCGGGGCUGAUUAAAAUUCGAGGAGAUCGCUGCUGGAGAGAGUUAACUUGCAUGGAUUAUCACUAUGAGACACAGCCAGUGCCCAACCCCAUCGCCUACUUCAUGCAUCGCUCGCCCUGGUGGUUCCACCAGUUUGAGACCCUGGUCAACCACUUCAUCGAGCUGGUGGUGCCAUUCUUCCUCUUCCUGGGACGGCAGAUGUGCAUCGUCCAUGGCCUUUUGCAGAUCCUCUUCCAGGUGCUUCUGAUCAUAAGUGGCAACCUGAGUUUCCUCAACUGGCUCACCAUGGUGCCCAGCAUUGCCUGCUUUGACGACAGAAGCCUGGGCUUCCUCUUCAGCUCCAGGCCUGGAGGGGUGAAGGAGAAGCUGGCACAGAUGCAGCUCCAAGGGGCAGCCAGGGAGCAGCAUCCCCUGCCAUAUGGCUGUUAUGUCCGCAGAGUGGUGAACAUCUCCUUUGGCCUCCUGAUUGCUUAUCUCAGCAUCCCAGUUGUCCUCAACCUGCUCAACUCCAGACAAGUCAUGAACACCUCGUUCAACUCUCUCAGAAUCGUGAACACCUACGGAGCUUUUGGGAGCAUUACCAAGGAGAGAACAGAAGUUGUCCUUCAGGGAACAUCCAGCCUGGAUCCCAAUGACCCCAGUGCUGUCUGGGAGGAGUAUGACUUCAAAUGCAAGCCUGGGGACUUGAAGAGGAGACCAUGCUUCAUCACCCCUUACCACUACCGCCUGGACUGGCUUAUGUGGUUUGCUGCCUUCCAGACCUAUGAGCAGAAUGAAUGGAUAAUCCACUUGGCUGGGAAGCUGCUGGCCCAGGAAGAGGAGACCUUGUCCUUGAUGGCAACGAACCCGUUUGCAGGCAGAGCACCUCCACGGUGGAUCCGGGGGGAACACUUCAAGUACAAGUUCAGCCGCCCCGGGGGGCAGCACGCCAGCCAGGGCAGGUGGUGGAUUCGGAAGAGGAUCGGCCCGUACUUCCCCCCUGUCAACCUCCAGGGCCUGAAGAAGUUUUAUGAAGACAGGAAUUGGCCGUACCCUGUGCGGGACUGAGGGAAGAGGAAGAGUGAGGUUGAGAGGGACCAGCUGGUGCUCCCUACAAACUGCAUGUCUUGCCUCUCUCUGUAUUUCUUACCCAUAUCCUCGUUUGCACAUAUUUUACAGAAGGUUCCCAGCCAACCUCUCCACCUGCUGUUGUUGUCUGGUUUUUCCUUGUUUCUUUCUGUCUGUCCUUCUCACCACAGCCUUGCCUGAUCUGUGAUUUCUUUUGCCAGGCUGCUCCAUUUGGAAAUGAUAAGCUCUAGAAUUUGGGAACAAGGUGAACAAAUGCAGCAAUUAGUUUUGGGUAGGUGUUGGUGUUGCUUUCCCUGACCCAUUGUGUUGUGUGAUGGCUGCAGAGGCACAAGCAGAGAUUCUGGGGCAGUCUCCUGCCUCCAGCUCCGCACCUGGCUCAUGUGGAUCUCCACAUGGCAGGGGAGAAACCACUUCUUCAUUCCAUCCCCAUCCCAUGUGGGUACCAGGACUGAGACAUCAAAGCUGCUCUAUUCCCAGCAUUGCUGUCCCCAUGCUGCCCCUACUGCCACCCUGAGAAGGGCCUGGUCAUCACCCUCUCACCACAGGUUAAGGACAGGUCUAAGCUGUGUCCUGCCUGCUGGGCAUGGUCUGCCUGUCUCACAGUUUGUCCCAGGGACAGCACGGCAAGCUCAGGCUGGGGGAAAACACCCUGGGACCUCACCCUGAAUUUCUCCUGUACCUCCUUUGUAGCCUCCCAUCUUCUCAGUGUCUGUUUAAAAUCACCCCAUUGUCCCACCAUGUGGGUUUUGCUUGAUGAGCCUGAAUCACAGUGAUGGGAGGGAAGUGGACAGUGUCUGAAGAAGCCAGGGCAGUUGAUUAUAACUGAUGGCUUGUUAGUGAUGGAUGUGCUUGCUAGCACACUCAGCUGCACAUAGUUCUUCUGGCAGGGGAAAAAAAACUGCCCAACGUGACCUGUGUGAUGCAUAAAACCCCUGGUGUGUGGGGCCUGCCUGCUGAAAGCCACAGGUUUGCUGAGAAACCUGAAAUAGCUCCUCACUGGAGCUGCCUGUGGGCUCCAGGACUCAGCCCUGAGGACAAGCUUGGCCCUGUGUGGCUGUUCCAUCCCCUUGCCCUGUCCCCUGCCCCAUGGCUACCAAUGCUCAUGGGUGGAGGGGCUGGGAAGGUGAUGGAGACACCAAGUCUGCCGCCAGCCCCAGCACCUUGAAGUGGCCCUUGUUUGAAGAGGCCUGGCAGCUGCCUGCUGCCCUGGGUUAUAACUGGUGCUUUUUGUCAGCAGCCCUGGGGCUGAAAUCCACCCAUCUGGGGUGGUUGGUGCUGGAGGGGUCUGAUCAGCUGAUGUUCAGGAGGAGCCGAGAAUCCCACAGGCACGGUCCAUGCACCCGGAGCAGGAGAGGGCAGGAGAACCAGGCUUUUCCCCCUGGAUUUUUGGAGCAGCAUUGGCCUUGCCUCCCCAAGGGGGGAAUUCCAGAGGCAAGAAAGCUACACUGAGGCUGUCAUCCUGCCAGGGCAAAUUCAGCCCAAGCCACAAGUGACAGGACAAGCAUUGUUACGUGCCGGGCUCUGACAUGGCUCGUGCUCAGGGCAGAGCCAUCCUCCCUGGGGCCACCAACAUGAUGGGGACCAAUGGCUCUGGCCCUGCCCAGCUGAGUCCAUCCCUUCCCACAUGAGUUGUGCCACAAGCAGCUGGAGGUGGUUGUGAAGGAAAACUGGAUCUAAACUGGCAAAAGCAAACCAGCAGGUAAAGCUGGCACCGGUGCAGGGCAGCACGGGCCAUGAUGCAGGCAGAGAAAUGUCAUUUCACGUGUUUCUUCCCCUUUUUGACUGAACGGGCACCACCAAGGGUGUGUAUCUGGAAAGAGAUUAAAGCAAACAGUUCUUCA